GGCACCUCGAAGCCGGAGCCAGUCCCCACACGGCGACCUCCGCGGACACCGCCUCCAUCUCCCCGCGGGGCUCCCCCUCACGGCGGCGGAGCCAACGGCAGCGCGGCCGCCAUGUUGAAGGCGAAGGUGCUGCUGGUGGGGCCCCGGGAGGCUGGAAAAUCCGUGCUAGCAAAUUUUGUCUCGGAAAGCAUAGAAGGGAUUGGCAGUUACGUCCCGACACAAGGAGUGAGGAUCCUGGAAUAUGAGAAGCCAAACUUAAAUGGUAACAGCAAGGGAGCUGUGUGUCGUUUUGAGCUGUGGGAUUGCAGUGGCGAUCAAAAGUUUGAAACAUGCUGGCCAGCUCUGAUGAAGGACUCUCACGGCGUAAUAAUAAUCUUCAAUCCUGACAUGCCCAGUCACCUGAAAGAAAUUGAAAUGUGGUACUCCUGUUUUGUGCAGCAGCAGCCACUGCUUGAUAGUCAGUGUCUCCUGGUUGCACAUCACAAGCCAGGCAGCGCAGAGGACACAGAAAAUCUAUCCUUAGCUCACCCACUGAACAAGCUGAAACUAAUACAUUCCAACUUAGAAGAAGAUCCUGAAGAUGUUCGGAUGGAAUUUAUGAAAUACUUCAGAAGCAUUAUCAACAUAAUAAAUGAGAGCAGAGAGAAGGAAGAAAUGUCAAUUAUCUCAUGACGUUUAAAGAAAGGGUUGUUUUCACUUUGUAAGCUGUACUAGCCUGUGAACAGGUUCUCACAACAAGAAUUUACCGGUCUAUAAAUGCUUCAGAGAAAACACUGCUCAAUUUAUGAUUUAACCAAAAGAACCAAGUGCUGACAUCAGAAGAACUGUGGUGCCAAAUAGAUGGCUGCACAUCCAGGAAUUUGGGUAACUUUAGCUGUGCUUUGGUUCCAUUUGGCAUCAGAGGUACAGGAAGGUAUUUUUUAAUGUAUUAGCAUAGACCAAAAGAAAAAGGUAUUUGUCAUCUCCUCACUUAAGAAUGCCUUUUUGUAAAGAUACAAGGAAAAGAAAGCCUGACAGAACAUAAGAUUUGUGGUGUUCUGUUGAAGCAUCUGAGUAAAGUGUUCAUGUUAGCUGGGUUCCUGGAGAAGUUAUGUUUUUGGGAGUCAGUUGAAACUGAUUGGAGUGGAGAUCUGAGAAGCAGUUGUGGUGUGGAAUCUACAUUUUAAUGUUCCAAAUUCUCCUUAUCUUUCUGUCAAGCAUCUGAAGAGAACACAUUUCAUAUCUAUUGCCUUGGCAAGGCAGACUGUGUUGCAGUCUUUCUCAUGACUAGGCUUUUCUCCUAUUCCAACAAAAUUACCCUUCUUCGGGACAAUGUAUAGGACACUCUGGGAGGGAAAGCAUCAAGGUCUCAGUGUAGUGCAAUUGCUUUAACCUAUGCCAGGAGCUCCAAUAGAGGGGAAAAAAGUGCUGCAAUCUCCAGAGGAGAAAAAGCUGUUUCCAAACUAAUACUACUGUUCCCUAUUGCAUUGAAAUAAGUGGUUUCAUAGAUAAUUUACUUUCUGGUUUGUUUGGUUUGCACUCAUCCCUAUUCUUAGUGUGUUUUGCUGUGGAAGACAUUUUUUGUAAUAUAAUACUAAAGCAAUAAAAACACUUCAAAACAUGUCCUUUUUGCUCUCAAA